AUGUUCUUGUGGAGCAGAAACAUUUUUAUAUUUCAACGUAAUGGCACAAGUGUCCGAUUGUUUAAUGUUUAAGCUGCUAAUUCUCGGCGACACAAAUGUCGGGAAGAGCAGCAUUCUUGGUACAUUUGCUGGCGAUGAACCGUACAAGCCAGAUCGCAUGUGCACGAUCGUCGAUUUCAAGAUUCGGACAAUUGAAGUAGAUGGUGAGAGGGUCCAACUACAAAUUUGGGAUACCGCUGGGCAUGAACGAUUUGGAACUAUCACGUCAUCAUUCUACCGAGGAACGUGCGGUGUUAUUGUCGUUUACGAUAUUACUAAUGAGAAAAGCUACAAUAACGUAAAACAGUGGCUACAUGAAAUUGACCAACAUUGUGAUAAGCCUCUUCCUAGUCGAGUACUUGUUGGGAAUAAGUGUGAUCUUUCUAAAGAAAUGAGAAUGGUUGUUAAAGAGGAUGCCGUCAAGUUCGCGAAAGAAAUCAACAUUCAACAGUUUGAAACGAGUGCUAAAGAUAAUGUCAAUAUUGAAACUGUGUUCAUUGCGAUUACUAGAUUGAUGUUGCAACGAGAAAAGGAGAACGGUCUUCAAACAGAAAGAAAAAGUUCUUUGAGAAUUCAAAAAUUUUUGGCCAAUCAUAGGAAGUGUUCAUGCUAGUGAUUGCUCUUGAUAUAAUUAAAUUUGUAUUUUAUUUCGUUUCCUGGAAUGGUGUUGGUAUUUUGUACACAUCAACGUAAAUGCUGCAAGUGGCACAAUAACAGUGACUCACUAUAGUUCAUGUGUCGAUCUCUAGACAACGUAAAAUUAGCAACAUCUUUCAGUUUGCCUCGAUUGCGACACAGGUGAAGUGAUAUUCGCUUUCCAAAUCAUGUAAUACUGUAACUACUCAAAGA